AUUGAACACGAGUUUGAAGCGGUGACAAUUGAGUUAGGCUCAUGCCAGUACAUUUGAGAUAUUGGGAAGGAAUAUUGAGUUAUCGUUUCAGGUCGAGGAGAAAUCAGACUGGGAUCUCGGCAGAGUCACAAAAUCACAAUCCCAUCUAGGUUUGUUUUUGUUACCCCGAGUCAUUUUGUGUGCCGUGCUGUUGAAGAGGAAUCAUCAAGAUCCAUGAUACGUAGCCGACGAGCACGGCUUCAAAAAAGACCUGGAGUAUUUCGAUCCCAUGGACAUUGUAGGCACCAAUGUAUCAGGUGAUACUUCGCUUUUGGCUUGAACUUCUGGGCUUUGAUUUGGGAUUUGUGAUGCAGAGGUGCUUCGACGAUCUCAGGAAGGAAAAGGCCUACGUUCGAUUUGCCUUGAAGCUUGUAAACGUCACCAGAAACAAGUAUAACAACAUUGAGAUGACAACCUCAGCGAUAUCAUCAGGGGCACGAACCGGGGAUGUUCGCGAAAGGGCAUUCGUCGAAAGUGCGUUGCGAGCGGCGAAAUAGCCUAAGAGCGUACGUGGAAAAUUGAAAGCUUGCAUCAAAAGGCAUCCAGAAAGAGUUCCGCGAAUGCCCUGGUUAAAUCAGGAUGGGUCACCGAACUGUAGCUCGGGCCCC